AUGCGCAGCAAGGUGGGGGACAGGCUGGAACGCCCUCUUGGUGAGUGGGGGCUCUUGGGACGCAUCCAGGGCCUGGACAUGAGCUCCCAGCAGUCACCGCAGGCUCGGAGGUUCCCCAUCGAGGCAGGUGACUGUCCCAGCUCAGCUGUGCCUCCCGAAACGCAGGAGCCGGUAGGCGCUGAGAGGUCUGUGGGAAGGCAGCUCCGGCGAUGCCCCGGCAGCCACUGCCUGACGCUGCCCAACGUCCCCAUUGACGUGUUCAUCGCCAUGGGAGGCAGCGGCAGGCCGCGCACCGCCUGA